AUGAUGGUAAAUAUUUUUUACACAUUAUUCUUUUGUGUACUUUUGGUACAGGGUUAUGUGGUAAAGGCUAAAGAGAAUGAUUUGCAAGAUCUGGUGCGAACACAAGAUAUUCUGAUUACCGAGCCUGUCUAUGAAAGAUUGGUGUAUUUCAGUAAGGCUUGUGCUUUAUGUAGCUGCAUAAGAAGUAAUGAGCUUUUCGAAGGUAAAACGAUGAAAGAUGGUGCCUGUCCCAAACGGCUUAAAUUCUGUCACGACGAAGAAGAUAAUCCAACUGUAGGAAGAACGAGAAUUGAAAUGGUCUUAAUAGCAGACGUCGGCGAGUUGGGCACCGGUUAUGUUCUCGUAGAUCAUGGAAGAGAAGUGGUUGUAAUGGUUUUUAGAAGUUCCUCCACGAACGAAGAUUGGUUAAGUGAUUUCAAGGUGACACCGGUUAGUUAUACGCCCGUGUGUCAGGAGGGAUAUAUGAGGAAGAUUGAAGAAGGUAAGCUGAAAAAAUGUGAGAAUUGUAAACUACAUAGAGGAUUCAAUAAAUUUACGAAGACUUUGAGUAAACAUUUUCUGGAAAAGAUGGAAAGAAUAUUAUUGAAAUAUCCGGAUUAUCGUGUAGUCACCACGGGUCAUUCCCUUGGCGCAGCCUUGGCAAUUAUAUCUGGAAUUGAACUUAGAUUAAGAGGUUAUGAGCCAUUAGUUCUUACAUAUGCACCUCCUAGAAUGUUCAACAGAGAAAUGAGUGACUGGAUAGAUGAUCUCUUUGAGACUGACAGUAUACAUCAGAAUAUUCUUGAAAGUGGGGAGGUGAAGUUUGAACAUGGUUAUUUCAGAGUUGUACAUAACAGUGAUCUGAUCCCCAUGUUGCCUCCAAUGUACGAAGUUGCAGGUUUAGAAAUUUUUAUCAACAAGCUGGAUUUACCUCAUACGAGGACAGACAUUCAGUACGUAGGACCAGGUGAAUUUAAAGUUGACAAUCAGUGUUUCGGAAGAAUUGAGUUCUUGGAUGAGGUUCUUCAUACCAAUGAACAUCGUUCAUAUUUUAUCAACCUCACAAGAUGUUCAGGAUUUUAG